UUCUUUGUCGUCUGGAUGUUCUAAAUCUGAAGUACAACAAGUGACUUGAUUUGAUUCCUGAAAUUAUCAUUCCGUUCUAGUUAUUUUUAUACUUCUGCAUCAGUCUUCUCCAAAUAGACAUUCUUAAUUAUUCAACAUUUGCACUUGUGUACCGCUGUCCAACGUUAGUGAAUGUAGCGAAUUCCUUACGGUCGUACACAAGUGUGACGAAUCUUGAUAAAAGAGUAAUAAUAUGCCGGUCGACUAUCGUUGCAUUGGCUGGUGGAUAUUAGUGACGUACGUAGUUGGAGUGAUUGUCUAUUUUGGAGCAAACAAGAACACAAGAAAUAACCUCGAUAACCUAUUUUUUAAAUGUUCUGAAAACCAAGGGACCAAUAAGGAAGAAACAAAUGUUCUUUGUAUAUGGCUACAAGAUUCAAAACUUCUUGAUCUUGCUGGGAGAUUGCCAGAAUUGGGAGUGAAAAACUUAGAAGAUGUCUACAGAUUAGAGGAUCUCAAAAUUCAAACUCUUCUCGGCCCUGACGAUGCAAAGCGAUGGCUGUUGGCUCGGAAUACUCUUCCCGUAGAUAUAAACAAAUUACCGGAGCUAAAAGAAAAAGUUCUGAUAGGAUCUGCGCAACAAGCAGCUUGGAAAUGGGUGAAAGAUGUCGCAGUGGUUCUACUUAUCCUAUGGGGCGUGAGCCGUUUGGCCAUAAGCUGUGGUGUGACUCGUGCUUUUUGCCCAAUCGCUUUGAACGGAACGUUCUUUCAUGGAAUAAUCGACUUUUUCAUCGAUGCAGAUAUCAGACAAACUUUCUUGCAGUGGCUUAGUGGAAACAGGGCACUGGCCAAGAAUGCUCGAAUCGUUUUCAAUUGGGAUGAGCCUCUGAUGGUUGGGAACACAGUUUCCUUUACCGUUGAGUUUUUCCAACGCUGGAGUAGAAGGCCAUAUCCAGUCAGCGACGCUGAUUCUAUACGUAUCAACAUCAGGCAGGGAGCCAACAAAGUUGCUGCUGCAGUACAGAUUGGGGGUUCGUUGGCAACUGAUGUCAAUUUGGUCAAAGCAACAUUUACUGUUCGCAGAGCUGGACAAUAUCAUAUUGAUGUGAAUUUGGGAUCUAUUCCCAUCCGUGGCAGUCCAUUCGUCAAACAUGUCCGACCAGGAUCACCUGAUCCCUCGAAAACUACCCUUGUUCGUCCGACAUCUAUGGUGGUGUGCACUGCUGGAUCUCCUCACCAGUUAUUGCUAGAACCUCGCGAUGAAUAUGGCAACUAUUGCUCUUGGAAUCAUGAUGCUCCGGAACAACAAAAAGCGCUAGACGCUUUUUCGUGUGAAGCGUAUUCGAUCACCUCAUCAGAUGUAGUGCGGCCCCUUGUUCAAUGGCUCUGGGUAGAGUUAAUGCAUCGGCUCAUCAUCAAUGUUACUUUCAACGAAGAAGGCAUUUACGGAAUCCGCCUUAAGCUGGACAAUAAUGUGAUUAAUAAAGGAGAAUUCAAUAUGAUAGCGCUGUCGACAAGUGAAGCCAUUCAAGUCGAGAAGGCUCUCGGAGCAAGAACCGCCACGUAUGAAACGAAAUUGCUGUCCAUCAACGGAGAAAAAUGGACCAAGAACAAGAAGGUCUUUUGUGCCGUUUUACCAAAACAAAUCGCCUUAAAAGAAUAUAUUCUUGGAAUCAUUCCAAAACGAUUGGCCACCUUUCGCUUAUGCCCAGCAACGAAGGUCACAUUUCUUAAAAGCACCAAUAAACAGGAGUUUCCUGUGCUGACUAUUGAAGACGGAGCACAGUUUGUCGUGGAACUGUCCAGCAAAGAAGCUCAUCUAAUGGCUGCAUCCUUUGCCCAUUAUCUGUUGAAAAAUAUCGGUGGUUCGGAAACCUUUACAGACAAGCAAGGUUUCUUUUAUCAAGAAAUUCGAAAAUUUCAUCAAAAAAAGCCUCAUGAGAAAUUGCUACUCCGCGUCGAAAGGGACAAGAUCUUGGAAUCGUCGAUGAGACUGACCAAGUCGUUCAGUACAACCGACUGGUGCAGAAACUUUGAAAUUAGUUUCAUCGGUGAACAAGGGCUUGACUGGGGAGGAUUGCGCCGUGAAUGGAUCGAACUGUUAUGUGUUGCCAUAUUCGAUCGAAGACAGAGCGGUAUGUUUACCACUUUUUCUGACGAUGGUCAGGCCUUAGUUCAUCCCAAUCCAACGAUACCCGCUUCGUGUAAGCUAAAGCACUACGAAUUUGCCGGCAAACUGGUCGGUAAAUGCCUCUAUGAGUCGUCCCUGGGUGCGGCGUAUCGCCAGCUUAUUAAAGCGCGUUUUACCCGUUCGUUUCUUGCCCAAUUGAUAGGCCUUCGUAUCAAUUACAAAUAUUUCGAGCAUGACGACCCGCCUUUUUUCCUAUCAAAAAUUAAAUACAUCGAAGAGAACGACGUUACGGAUAUGGAACUUGUUUUCGCUGAAGAAGAGUAUGAUGAACAAGGAAAACUAUUACGGACCGUGGAACUGAUCCCAGGCGGUGCAAGGAUACCCGUAGGCAACGCCAACAAACAUCGAUACCUUGAUGCUCUAGCGCAGCAUCGGUUAGUAAAUUCCGUCAGAGAUCAAGUGGAUGCGUUUACCCGGGGAUUGUCUGAACUGGUGCCAGAUAACCUCCUCAGCAUUUUCGAUGAGAACGAGCUUGAGCUGCUAGUUUGCGGCACAAGUGAUUAUAGCGUUGCCGAAAUGAAGGCACACCAUGCAGCUAUUGGUUCUUCCCCUGAAUUCCAGAAAGUCCUUUGUUGGUUUUGGACGGCGGUCACUAAUUUUGGGACAGAGGAAAUGUCACGAUUGCUUCAGUUUACCACGGGAUCUUCGCAGCUACCUCCUGGUGGAUUGGCGGAACUCUCACCCAAACUUCAAAUCGCAGCUUCACCUUGUUUUGGAACUCUUCCAACUGCUCAUACAUGUUUCAAUCAGCUAUGUUUGCCUGACUACGAGAACUACGAACAAUUCGAAAAAGCAUUGUUGAUAGCUAUAAACGAAGGAAGCGAAGGAUUCGGUUUAGUUUAAUUAUUUGUUAAACAUUCAGUUAGUCGAGCAGCAAGAACUAUCCAGUUCUCAUUUUGUUACUCAGUUUUCGUCCAAAGCAGUGUGUACUUACAUUAACCAAAAAUUUCAACCCAUCUACAGGGCAUUAUUGCAUGUAUACUGUUUAUCUUUCGUUAUGAAACAUCAGUUAAAUUGUUGUCAUUGUUCUAAUGUUUCGGUUGAUUUAUGAAAUUUUUUCUAACCAUGCACAGUUAUAUCCCCACCAAUAGCAAUUCAUUCCCAUGCCAAGCAUACUGUACUAUUAUGGUUGAAAGAAAUUUACCAUCAAUACACAAAUUCUCCAUUUA